GAAGCGAUCAUGUAUCAAGUAGUUUCAAUGAUACCAGCUGCUCUGUCAUUUUGCAGCUAAACACUUGGCUUGAACCAUUGACAAGUCUCAACAAAUAGCAAUGUCUCCCACCAAUCUUUUGGCACUCUUCGGAGCCACCUGGCUCCUGAUCCAACUAUGCCGCAUCAUCUUCUCCAAGACCCAGAGCGGAAGCCACAAGGCUCCACCUGGUCCCCCAGGACUACCGCUCAUCGGUCACCUCCCCAUGUUAGGAAACCAGCCGCACCGCAGCCUCCACAAGCUGUCGCAAAAAUACGGGCCCAUAAUGUCCCUGCGCCUCGGCUCUCAGCCAACUAUAGUCGUCUCAUCUCCAGCUUCAGCCGAGCUCUUCCUCAAGACCCACGACACCGUGUUCGCCAGCCGUCCCAGAUCUCAAGCUGCAGAGUAUAUGUGGUACGGGACUAAAGGCAUGAUUUUUUCAGAGUAUGGCCCGUACUGGCGGAGCAUCAGGAAGUUUUGUACAUUGGAGCUUCUUAGCGCUUCCAAGAUUGAAUCCAUGGCGGGGCUCAGGAGGGACGAACUGGGCUUGCUUGUGGAAUCACUUAGAAGAGCUGCAGGGGCGCGUGAGGUGGUGGAUGUGAGCGAGAAGGUGACCCGGCUGAUAGAAGACAUGACUUGUAGAAUGUUGUUUGGGAAGUGCAGAGAUGAGAGGUUUGAUUUGAGGGAGACGAUACAUGACAUGGGAAAGUUGGUUGGUGCUUUUAAUAUUGCAGAUUAUUACCCAUUUUUAGGGGCACUUGAUCUCCAGGGAUUAACCAGGCAGCUCAAACAAACUCACAGGGCAAUAGACAAGAUUUUGGAAAUUAUCAUCGAUGACCAUGAAAAAGAGGCUGAUAAUGGUAUUAAGAAGCUUGACAGGGAUUUUCUGGAUGUUAUCCUGUCUUUAAAAACCAAUCCUAAAACUACACAUGAGCAAUUAGCGCAGAACAUUGAUCGAUCAAGUAUUAAAGCAAUUGUGCUGGACAUGAUUUUCGGAGCCAUAGAUACGUCUCAUAUUGCAAUUGAAUGGAUUAUGUCUGAACUUCUACGACAUCCGAGGGUGAUGAAACUAGUUCAAGAAGAGAUAAGAAAUGUUGUAGGAGAUUGUGAAGUUGUGGAAGAAUCUUGUUUGUCUGAACUCCCCUACCUAGACAUGGUCGUCAAAGAAAGCCUGAGAUUGCAUCCAGUGGGACCGCUGUUAGUUCCCCAUGCGUCCAUGGAGGACAUUGUUAUAGAAGGCUAUGGUAUACAAAAAAAAUCUCGUGUGAUCAUCAAUAACUGGGGUAUGGGACAUGAUCCUAGAAUCUGGUCCGAAAAUUGUGAAAAAUUCCUUCCGGAGAGAUUUAUAGAUGGUAAAGUAGAUAUUCGCGGAAAUAAUUUCCAACUUAUACCAUUUGGAUCUGGCAGAAGAGGUUGUCCAGGUAUGCAUUUGGGCCUGGUGACCACGAAGCUGGUGGUAUCUCAGUUAGUACACAGCUUCGACUGGGAGCUACCUUUCGGCAUGUCAGCUGAUGAGUUAGAUAUGAAUGAAAUAUUCGGAGCCACAAUGCCGAGAGCAAAACAUCUUCUUGCUGUACCAAGUGCUCGAUUUGGGUAGGCUUCAACACAAAUGUCAUUUUGUUGUAAGCUGUAUAGUAUCAGUAUUACACUUGAAUUAUAUGUGUUCUUCAUUAA